UCUUUCUCAUCAUCAGUGUCCUUUGGUUUCCUAUUUGGAGUAACGAGCAAGCCACUGCCUUUUUCACAAUUUGCUCUUUUGAAAAGAAAAUUUGUUCCAGAUCAUUGUUUCAUUAAAUAUCUAUUUGAGAAGAAUCAUCAACCAAACUUGGAGCGAUUUUUUAUUUUCUCUAGCUAUCUGAAAAAAGGUUAAUAUGGAAAAAUUGGCAACUGUUGAUAUGUUUUUCAAAAGAAAAAAAUAGUCAACAAGAACAUCAACCAUCAAACCUUUGUGAUGAAACAUCAAAUCCAAAUCAUCCCCAAAAGAUUAAAAGAGUUGAAUCAGUUCAUAAUGAAGGUCCAACUUUUGUUCCACUUGCGGAAAGUGUACCCUCUCGCGAUGAGUCUAGCAAGUGUUGUUCAAGAUAAUGCUCCAAAGAAUGCAUCACAUACAUCACCAGAUAUACAAAAGGAGAUUCUUUAUGUGUUUUCUACUAAAAUUGAAAGAGAAAUCCGCCAAGAGAUAGGUGAUGCAAAAUUUUCUAUUAUUGUAGAUGAAUCUCGAAAUGAGUCUAAACGAGAGCAAAUGGCGCUUAUUUUGAGAUUUGUGCACAAGAAUGGAUUUAUCUGUGAGCAGCUUUUUAGUGUUGUUCAUGUGAGAGAUACUAAGGCAAUAACUUUAAGAGAUGAGAUUUUUUCUAUUCUUGCUCGACAUAAUUUGUCCAUUCAGAAUAUACGUGGACAAGGAUAUGAUGGAGCUAGUAAUAUGAGAGGGGAAUGGAACGGAUUACAAGUUUUGGUUUGUGAUGCAUGUCCUUACGCAUACUACAUCCAUUGUCUAGCGCAUCGUUUACAACUUGCUUUGGUUGUAGCAUCACGGGAAGUUGCUAAUGUUCAUCAAUUCUUCACCAACUUGGUUUUCAUUAUCAACAUUGUCACUGCAUCUACUAAACGUAAUGAUAAGUUGAAGAGGCUCAAUCUACCGAACUUGUUGAAAAGAUUGCAAAUAAUAAGCUUGAAUCUGGUAGAGACUUAAUCAAAUUGGCACCUUAAAACGUGCAGGAGAUACUCGUUGGGGAUCUCAUCUAGAUUCUAUUUCUAGUCUGUUGAAGAUGUUUAAUGCAACUUGUGUGGUUUUAAGCAAGAUGGUUGAUGAAGGUGCCUCGUAUUCUCAAAGGGGAGAUGCAGAUUUUGCUUUGAACCAAUUAUCAUCUUUUGACUUUAUUUUGAUUUCGCAUCUUAUGAAAGAGCUCAUGGAAAUAACUCGAGUACUUUGUCAAUCUUUACAACGAAAGUCUCAAGCAGUGACGGAGCUAGGAUUUUUAUACAGGGGGGUCAAAUAUCAAUAUACAUUAUAUGUCUAUUUAUAGAAAAAAUAUUGUACUGUAUAUCAAAGACUUGAAAUUUUACGAAAAAUCAUCCAACAAAUUAUAACACUAACAAUAAUAAUAAACCAUAAAAAUAUAAAAAUAAA